CAGCAGCAGCAGCAGCAGCAACGAUAAUAAAAACAUUAAUAAUGACAAUAUGUUGCAUCCAACGUUACAAAAUUCCAAUUACGAAAGUUUUCAUCAAACGCUUUUGCAAACGCCGCCAACAUUCAGUUCAAGUGCAAAUGCUCAGGAAAAAACGCAAUUUCGUCCAGUGCCGAUAAUCGAUUUCACAAGUGCAGAUGCAAUAGCGCCUGAACGCAUUAAUCCGGCUUAUAUGGCAAAUGAUAGAAUCGCCUAUGCUGAUUCGCACAAACACAUAUCGCGCUUGACGAGCACUUCAAACACUUUAUAUACGAAAAGCGAUAAUAAAAGAUUGCAUGUAUCGGAUACAAAGAAGCAAAUGAAAUUUUCAUUUCCUUCAAAUAGCGACAAGCCAUUAAUUCAAAGUGAAGUGAAAAGCAAGUUAUUGCCGCAAAUCCCCAUCCUUACUUAUAUGGAUCCUUACACAAAUGAAAAUUAUCAUUAUCGGCCGGCGGAGAAUGAGGGAAUCGUUACAACACACAACAUUAAUAGCCACAACGAUAAGAAGGAGUCUAUUCCACACAAUCAAGAAUAUUUAGUGCAAUCAAGCAUAACAGUAGGUUCAAAUAAACAGCAGCAGCAGCAGCAGCAUCAGCAGCAGCAGCAGCAAGAACAAACUUUACAUUAUUUGGAUAAUGGCAACCAUAAAAUUACUUAUCCUAUACAUAGCGCUUACGUCAUGGAUGAGAAGCCAAAUUAUCAGAAAUACGGUCAAACGCCUAAUGCGCUUGUGGUAGAUAAGAGACCAGAGAAUUGGCAAACAACCGCACACACAACAAAUAAGAUAUCUUACGAUUCGCAUGAUUACCCACCACCAAGUUAUUAUCAGCAUCAAACAUCGAAUUUCUUGCCAUUUACAGCACCGCCAACCCCAUCCUUUGAACGUAAUGAGCAUCGAGUAACGUCAAUGCCACAUUUACAAUCAUCAUCAUUAAAGUCUACGUUGCCUAAUUAUGCAAACAACAUUGAUAAUUAUUUGCCUAAAACACAGCAAACACACCAUUACCAUAGACGACCAACACUGGCAGCAACGCCACCAUAUCCACCAGCCAAUUAUACGAAACAACAAGCAUCUUAUUAUCACGAUAAAUAUAGUUUGCCACCACAACGUAUACCAUCGCCGCCAUCGCCACCAUCGCCACCAUCGCAAUCACCUUCACUAUCACCAACACCACCCCAACUAUAUCAACAAUGGCCAACAAUGAACAGGCUAUCUUACCAUAAUUACUAUGACUAUCAUGCUGGCGACGUGUCCCCUCCAAUAUCUCGACCACUUUCGCCAGCGUUCAAUUACCCCUACCAAAGACCAACGCUUACAACAUAUCAAGAGCCUUAUAAACCAUUCGUAGCGUCUAAGCUGAAUUUAGGUUUGACUUCGUUGCUACAGUAUGCACCUCACUUCACUAAUAUGUUAUUCGCAGGCGUUACUGGAGGAUCAACGACAAAUAAAAAUAAUCCAUUGAAUAGCUUGCUGAGCGCUUUAACCAGGAUACAUAACAUUAAUAAGGCGCCGCCGCCUUCGUUGCCGUUAUCAUCCGCCCAGUUAAAUGAACAAAGGCCGAUUAACUCCCAACUCGUUAAAACUUUAGAGAAUAUAGCGCGCAAUGAUGACUUGCAAUGCGUGCCAAAGGUCCUCUGCCAAAUGGUUGCCGGCCAAACACAACAUGGUCAAUUGCCCAGCAUAAUUACCUCGCCAACCGUAACAAAUUUCUUGGCCGGUUUUCCUGUCGCUUCACCUGCUCUAAUUUAUGGACGAGCCGUUUUAUUGGGUAUUAGCGGUGGCGAGUCUAGCUGCCAGCAAACUUACACAAAAUGCCCCAAAAACGAAUAUGAAGUCAUUUAUUACCUUAACAAUCAUCGUGGCGGAUUUUUCAAACUCUUCAGCGAAUCGAACGAGAGCAGUCAUCAUCAACGCUAUCCUGAACAACAACAACAACAAAGUAGUCAACAUCCCGGAUAUAAUGAUAACAGCGCUACACAGGGAGGAGAUGGCGGUUACUCAUUAUUUAAUAUUUUGGCUGCUCUGACGGGUGCUGGUGGUAGCAAUAGUAACAAAAUAGUAACAGCAACAACAACAGCAUUAAAUAGUACGCCAAAACCGCAAACAACAAAUUUCGAUUUAAUGAGUGGAAUUGGAAACUUUUUUGCACAAAUGCUAAGCGAUUAUAUGGGCGGCAUUGGUAAUGCUAUGGCACAACAUCAAAGCAAACGCUUGCGACGUUCCUCAAAGUCUUAUGAUAUGCAAAUUUUAAAGUUUAAUGAUACUAUCAACUUAAAGACGCAGACGGCAGACGGCGAAACGAACAUUUAUGGCGGAGAAGAGGAUAUGAAGUCUACUCAACGCUAUGCAACUUUUAAGGAUUACAAAAAUGAAGAGCAUUUAAGUAAUAGUAAGAAGAUAAUAUUCUUACCGGAAAUUAAUGAAAAUCUCGUAAUGAACGAUACGAAUAUAAUAAAUAUUAUAGAUGAGUUCAAUCAUUUUAAUCAAGUUAGAAAACUAAAAUUUCCUACCAUCCCACCCAUCAGCGAUAAGGCGGCAUCUGCUAAAGCAGAAACCAAAAAAAUUGUGUUUAAAAAUGACGGUCAACGUACUCUCGUACAUCCUGAAAGUCACGACAGUAUACCGUUGUCCGAGCGAAACCCAAAAAUUGUAAAUAGACUAAGUGACAGCAUUCAGUCUAAUUAUGACAAAAAUUCUACUAAGGAAACUGUUUUUAAAUGGCCCGAUGAUAAAAAGACCUCUUCUCAAAACUUCUCAUUCGAUUAUAUUCAAAAUAAUUUAAAUCCACCUUUUUCGUUUCAUCACAUCGGUGACAAACAGACAUUUACUUUCUUACCUACACCGUCACCUUCUGUAUAUGUUUCUACCCCAAAAAGCCAUACAUUUCAAGGUAUCAUCCAUCAAUCUUAUGAAUUACGUCCAAAUAGUCGCCCUUACGCCUCAAAUGCUGCUAUACGUUCUUCCGCUUCAACUAAAGUAAAAUUCGAUAGCAAGAAUAUUUAUGUAACUAAUGCUCAGGGUGUAACUGAAUAUUAUUUAACACCAGAUGGUAGAAAAGUAUAUUUGUAGCACAAACUUUAAUUUAAUCACUUAUAUAUUUAUUCACUUAUCCACUUAGUUAACUUAUAUUACGUAUAUAU